ACGACGCCGAACACUGGAUUCCUAACAGGAAGUUGAAUGCUUGGACGGAUUUCAAUACGUUACGGAUACAAGCCCGGCUCACGGGGGAAAGGCUGCAGAAAGACCAAGAUGCGCGUAUUUGCACGGCAUGGCUGCGGUAACCAGAACGUUGACCAUUUGAGCCGCGCCGCAGAACCCACAGCCUGGAGCAACACAUUAGGGCCAGGCAAACCAGGGUUUGAAGGCAGGGGAGACACAGGAGAGGUGACAUCUCCUUAUGGAAACACCCCCGCUGAGAAGACUUCGGUACGCUGAUCCUGGCCGAUCCUCUCAAGAAGACCACACGACGGCCACUCAAAUUCCGUACAGACCUUCGCAUGAGUCUUGGCUACUCAUCUUACACACCUAUUUUUCCCUCACGCACACCCACUAUUGUCCCAAGGCG